AGUCUCAGAUGCCAUCUUUGUAAACCAAAAAGCAUAAAUGUGCGUGUGUGUGCGUGCCUCUUAGUUAGACAAAGAAGUGCUUUGUCCAUGUUAGACCGUCUUGGCUGUGGUGUCAGUGGCCUUGCUGUCUUCGCAGCCCCCUCCGAACUCCCCGCGCACACACCUACAGUACCCCCAUCUAGAUAAUCUAUAGACCAUACUACACAUUCCAGCCAGCACACACUUUCACUUAACUGAUGUGAGUGGAGAUGCCAAACCAGCCUUUGUACUCUGUCAGUAUCACUUUAUCUCUUACUUUUGGACAGAAUAAAACGUUGGACAUUAUUUAUUUGAGAGAAUUGAAGCAGAGCUGUUGUGAAAUGUACUGGAAUGUGAUCGCAGUGUGUAUUGCAGAGACAAAGGGACAGACAGCUGGAGCGAAUUAAAGGAGUGGAGGGGUGUGUGUUUUUGCCUUUGGAUGACUACAGACAUGGUUGGUCAGGACUCUAGGUGGAGGACAGUCAGUGGGAGGAGGAAAUAGAUGUUCACGGUCUCAGAGGAACAGCAGCUUGUAAGUUAGGCUGCUGAUAAAAGGCAAAGCCAUGAUUGGGUAUUUCCUUGGGCUUUGUGUGUUUCUGUUGGGAUGUGGUUCCUCACCGCUGCUGCAGGGAACUCUUCUAGGUAAAGGGGAACCAUGCGGAGGAUCAGUGGAGGGUCAGUGUGAUGCAAACCUCACAUGUUUGUCUGUGACGCUCGGAGGGGACAAGGAGGAAACCCCUAGGGGUAAAGUCUGCAGCCCUCCCCUUGCCCCAGGCUGCGUGCCAUGCUCUGGAGUGCAGUGUCCCCGUGUCAGGCGGACGUGCCCUGGGGGACACGUCACUGAGCCGUGUGGCUGCUGCCCCCAGUGUGCCCGUCAGAAGGGCCAGGUGUGUGGGGGCCCCAGCUGGGAGAACGGUUACUGUGACAGAGGUCUCACCUGCACCCUCUUCACAGGACACAGCCCUGCCCUUCCCCCACACACUGGCGUGUGCAAAGUGUUACCUGGGAAACCGUUAGAACGCUUGCUCCAGCCUAUGGAAGACCCCCUAUGUCCCAGGGUUUCGGGCUGCAACAUCAGGGUCGGAUACUGUGACUGCUACUCCCUACAGACAUGCCAUCAUGUCUUCUUUUACCCAAGUCUGGACGAAUGUCUUAAAGCAAAGAGAGAGGAUGAGCUCUGGAGUGAGAGAAAUGAAGAAAACAGGGAGUGGACUUGUAUGAAAUGGGGCUGUGAACUGCAGGAAAACCAGUGUGUGUGUAUGGAGAGGAGCUGCUCUUCACCAUCACUCAGUGAAGAUGCCUGUGAAGAUCUGCUACAAAAAGCCCGCUGCAGCAACGUGAGCUGUUCAGAGGUCCCAGUUCCUUCUUGUCCUGAUGAUUCCUUCCUGACUGAGUCCCACAUUCCUCCUGGCAAAUGCUGCCCUCUGGUGCCAGCUGUCUGCACAUGCAACUUUGAGGAAUGCCCCGUGGCCCCACAGAACUGUCCUCCUGGCCAGCUAGUUCAACAUGUGGAGGGAGGGGAUGGUCGUCCAGGUUCUUGUUGCAACCGGUACCAGUGUGUGCAGAGUUAGGCUCUGGUAAGGGUGCAGAGGGAGGUGAGAGAAGACGACUGGCAAAGAAGGGGGGAAAAAACUUAGGGGUAGCCAAGUGUAUACAGGCGAAAGAGUGCCUGAACCUCACACAGCUGGACUCAGCUGAAUAACUUUACUCUAAUAGCUGAUUGACUGCUUAGGCAAUUGUAUAUCAUAAGUUCAGGUUUCUUCAAGUAUCAUAAAAACAAUUGCUUUAUUGGCAGCAUAGCUUUUAUAUAGAAAAAAGUCUAAUGGCUCAUAGAUAAUGGGUUUGUGGAAGUAGGCUUACUCUGCUUCCUAAAAGCAGACUUAACAAAAAAGUUAUUAAGACUACAGAGGGGUUGUUUUUAGUAAAUGAGAUCUGUUUAAAUACAUUUCUACCUGUGUUGAAUUAGAUUAAGUAUAAUCAAGUAUUUUUUUCUUUUUUCUGCUGUUUCAAUAUCGAAUAAUACAAGUUAAAGCAUAUACACAGACGUUUUAGUUUCACUUCAGUUCAAUAAACAAUCAUCUCGAAGUAUCAUUAAA